CCCAGCCUUUCCCUUACAGAAGCAGGGACGAUCAUGAGGGCUAAAGGAGCAGAGAUGCCGGGGAAGGACUGUGUCAAAGUGGCCGUACGCGUCAGACCCUUCAACAAGAGAGAGAGGGACGCAGGCGGCCGCUGCAUUAUCUCUAUGGCCUCCAGCACCAUCACCAUCCAGGACCCUCGGAACAGCCAGAGCCCACGCUCCUUCUGCUUUGACUAUGCCUACUGGUCCCACAGCGGCUUCACCAGAGACUGCUCUGGCCUGUACGUACCUGAGGAGCCUGGAGGACGAUAUGCUGACCAGGGUAGUGUGUUCCAGGACCUGGGGGAGGGGAUCCUGGAGAAUGCCCUUCAAGGUUAUAACGCCACCCUGCUAGCCUACGGGCAGACUGGCUCAGGGAAGAGCUACUCCAUGGUCGGGUACGGACCCAACAAGGGCCUGGUGCCCACGCUCUGUGACAAACUGUUUCAGGCCAUCAGGGCCAACCAGGACAGCCGACAGUGCCAGGUCUUUUUCAGCAUGUUGGAAAUCUACAAUGAACAGGUGGUUGACCUCUUGUCACGGGGGUCUCGGUCUCCGGGGGGACUGCGUGUCCGAGAGGAGCAGCAGAGAGGCUUCUAUGUGGAGGGGCUUCGCAGGGUCCCCUGUGACAGCGCCCCACAGGUGGAGCAACUGAUGGAGCAGGGGACGAGGAUGCGUACCACGGCCACCACACACAUGAACGCCAACAGCAGCCGCUCACACAUGCUCAUCAUCCUCCAGCUCAAACAGAUCUUCUCUGAGGAGAGCAUCACCAAGCAGUCUAACAUCAACCUGGUGGACCUGGCGGGCAGCGAGAGACAGCGGGUGUCAGGCUCCGAGGCCGACCGGCUCAAAGAGGGCACAGCCAUCAACCUCAGCCUCACCACCCUGGGCAACGUCAUCAGUGCCCUUGCUGAUGUAGCGGUAGGGAAGAAAGUAGUCCAUAUCCCAUAUAGAGACUCUGUCCUCACCAAGCUGCUGCAGUCUGCCCUGGGGGGGAACAGCCGUACUGUCAUGAUUGCAGCUCUGAGUCCAGCUGAUAUCUGUUAUGAAGAGUCUAUCUCAACCCUGCGAUAUGCUGAAAGGGCAAAGCGUAUUCAGAACCGUGCGGUGGUGAAUGAGAGUCCCACGGAGCGCCUGGUGAAGGAGCUGAAGGCUGAGAACGCCAGGCUCCUGCAGAGACUCAGCCGUCUGGGACAGGAGGGACGCAGGGCAGAGGACGAAACCAAGGAGCUGCGUCGGCUGUUGACCCAUAACGAGCUGCAGAUCAGAGCCAUCCAGACGCUCUGGGAACAACAUCUACAGGAGGCCUUGAAGGACUGGGAGCAGCAGUAUGCGACUAUCACACAGGAGCGGAGGAUGAUGCAGAUGCAUCCGUACAUCCUGAACAUCAACGAGGAUACUCAGCUGUCCGGGGUGGUCAAGCUCUUCAUCCAGGAGGGUGAGUGGGAUAUAGGGCUCUCUGACUCUUCACCCAGGUCCAUCUCAAUCAGGGGCCUAGGGAUCCAGGAGCGUCACGCUGUGUUCAGUAACGUCCAGCGUAGGGUGUACCUGACCCCACUGGCGGGGUCAAAUGUCAUUGUCAACGGAACACCCAUCUCCCAGAAGACCGAGCUGCAGCACCUGGACCGACUCAUCCUGGGUUCUAACAGCACCUACCUGUUCAUCGGCUACCCAUCUGAGAGGGGCGGGGAUGACUGGAGUCGCUAUGACUACGACUAUUUCCAGUCUGAACUGGCAGCCGCUGAGGGCAUCAACCUCCACUCACUGUGUGAGGAGCAGACACAGGGUGACUCCAGUGCAGUCCCCAGUCAGACUGACCCUAGUCUCCUGGCUGUUUUCUAUGACUACAUCAAACUGAUGCCCAUGGUGGCUGAGGCCAACCAGAUGAGCCAGGAGCUACACAAGGGGGUGGAAUUUAAACUGGAGAUUAAGAACCUGGCGUUAUCAGACUCUAAAGGUCAUGACUUGGAGAAGGAGAUCGCUGUCAGAGUGACAUCACUGGAAAACAAACAGGUGUGGCUCUGGUCCAAGGCCAAGUUUGUGAACCGCAAAUUCCUGAUGGAGGAGUUGUAUCAGCAGCACCAUACGGAGCGGAAGGGAGAGGGGGCGGCCAGGGCGCCCAUGCCCAGAGACAGUGACCCUUUUUGGGAUCCGCUGGAGCCCCUGCUCUUGGGCAGCGCCCACCUCUGGCUGCAGUCUCUGGCUUUCCGUAUCGCACUGGAGGAACAGCUGGAGGUAUUGGGGUCAGAGGGCACUGAGGAGGCCAUACUGCAGGCUCAGCUUCUACCAUGCAGCCCCACAGGACUGACUCUGGGGGAGGAUGACAUCCUGAUCGACCCCUCUGAGCUACUGGGGAAACGGCUGGACUUCCAGCUGGUCCUGGAUCAGUGCUGUGGCCUGCGUUGGGUCCAACAGGCCAGGAACAGAGGCGUUCAGAUAGGUUUCAGGAUGUUCGACAGUGCCCAGCCCCUCUACACUCCGGCCGUGUGGCACAAUGUCAACCCCCUGCUGGACCAGCGGGUCCACUUCACCUCUCUGCACACCUCCCAAGGCCUGCUAGAACACCUUCAGACCAGUGCCCUGGUGCUGGAGCUCUGGGGCCUACAGGAGGGAUGUAGAGACUUGGUGUCGUCUCUGGAGGGAGUGAGGAUGACUCCAGAGGGAUGCUUCCUCAUCGACCACGCUGGCGCAACUGAGACAGCUACUACAGUGGACCCUGGCUCAGAGCUGAGCUGCUCUCUGAGGGCUCUACAGCAGGAUGUAGAGGAGCUGAGGAACACUAACGCUGCACUGAAGACAGAGAACAACACACUGAGGGAUCAGCUCAAUACAACUAGGACCGGAGCAGAGUGGGUUCGUGGUCGGUCAGAGAGGCGGGGCAGCAGUCUGCGGCCCAGCUGUGAUGCAGAGUUCGCCCGCGCCCUGAAGGUCUUCUACCACAGCAUGACCUCUGUCAGGGUUCAACUGCAGCGCCUGCGCAGGCACAGGCCCAGUGAGGAGUCAGAUCUCUUGGGUCUCAGGCUGUUUGUGGAUGAGCAGGGUGGUCUGCUGCGUGAUUUCUCAGAGCUGCUGGAGCAGAGCGUCUCCUCUCUCAAACAGGAUGUGGCCGCCAUUGUACGACGCAAACGGGAACGCUCAGGAAUCUGGUCCUGACCCCCAUCCUCGUCUAGUCCUGAACGGAACAACUGGAACUCCCCCAUCAAACUAAUGUAAUGCCCAAUUGACCCCUGGACACAACCUCUAUGGCCAGGGCACUUCAUGUAGAUAUGAAAGGAUCUGAUAGGUAAAAACGUGCUGUACUUCUACCUUGCUGAAUGAUUGGCUGGGUGGGAGUUUCAACAUAUUGCUUUCAUAUUUUCAAUCCCUUCAGAUUUACACAAGUGCCAAGAGGAAAAGGGUCAGUUAGGUUUUUGAUCCUGUGUUUUAUCGUCAACAAGUUGGGAUUAUAUAUUGGACUCCCGUAAACGCUAAUGCUAACAAUACUAAUGUAGUGCAACUAGUGUUUGUGUGUUUACACUCCAUUACAUCUUGACUUUGCUGUAUUACCAGAAAUACAGUUGUUUCACUGCAGAGGUCAACUCUGACAAUUCUGGGCCCGUAUUCAUGAAGUGUCUCAGAGUGCUGAUCUAGAAUCAGGUCCCCUGUCUAUAUAAUUAUGAUUUUUUAUUUUAUUUCACCUUUAUUUAACCAGGUAGGCCAGUUGAGAACAAGUUCUCAUUUGCAACUGCGACCUGGCCAAGAUAAAGCAUAGCAAUUCGACACAUACAACAACACAGAGUUACACAUGGAAUAAACAAACAUACAGUCAAUAAUACAGUAGAAAAAUCUAUAUACAGCAUGUGCAAAUGAGGUAGGAUAAGAGAGGUAAGGCAAUAAAUAGUCCAUGGUGGCGAAAUAAUUACAAUAUAGCAAUUAAACACUGGAAUGGUAGAAUGUGCAGAAGAUGAAUGUGCAAGUAGAGAUACUGGGGUGCAAAGGAGCAAGAUAAAUACAGUAUGGGGAUGAGGUAGUUGGAUGGGCUAUUUACAGAUGAGCUAUGUACAUGUGCAGUGAUCUGUGAGCUGCUCUGACAGCUGGUGCUUAAAGCUAGUGAGGGAGGUAAGAGUCUCCAGUUUUAGUGAUUUUUGCAGUUCCUUCCAGUCAUUGGCAGCAGAGAACUGGAAGGAGAGGCGGCCAAAGGAAGAAUUGGCUUUGGGGAUGAUCAGUGAGAUAUACCUGCUGGAGCGCGUGCUACGGGUGGUUGCUGCUAUGGUGACCAGUGAGCUGAGAUAAGGCGGGGCUUUACCUAGCAGAGACUUGUAGAUGACCUGGAGCCAGUGGGUUUUGCGACGAGUAUGAAGCGAGGGCCAGCCAUCGAGAGCGUACAGGUCGCAGUGGUGGGUAGUGUAUAUGGGGCUUUGGUGACAAAACGGAUGGCACUGUGAUAGACUGCAUCCAAUUUGUUGAGUAGUGUUGGAGCCUAUUUUGUAAAUGACAACGCCGAAGUCGAGGAUCGGUAGGAUGGUCAGUUUUACGAGGGUAUGUUUGGCAGCAUGAGUGAAGGAUGCUUUGUUUGCGAAAUAGGAAGCCAAUUCUAGAUUUAAUUUUGGACUGGAGAUGUUUAAUGUGAGUCUGGAAGGAGAGUUUACAGUCUAGGUAUUUGUAGUUGUCCACAUAUUCUAAGUCAGACCCGUCCAGAGUAGUGAUGCUGGAUAUGGGCGGGCAGGUGCGGGGAGCGAUCAGUUGAAGAGCAUGCAUUUGGUUUUACUUGCAUUUAAGAGCAGUUGCAGGCCACGGAAGGAGAGUUGUAUGGCAUUGAAGCUCAUCUAGAGGUUAGUUAACACAGUGUCCAAAGAAGGGCCAGAGGUAUACAGAAUGGUGUCGUCUGCAUAGAGGUGGAUCAAAGAAUCACUAGCAGCAAGAACAACAUCAUUGAUGUAUACAGAGAAGAGAGUCGGCCCGAGGAUUGAACCCUGUGGCACCCCCAUAGAGACUGCCAGAGUUCUGGACAACAGGCCCUCCGAUUUGGCACACUGAACUCUAUCUGAGAAGUAGUUGGUGAACCAGGCGAGGCAAUCUUUUGAGAAACCAAGGCUGUUGAGUUUGCCAAUAAGAAUGUUGUGAUUGACAGAGUCGAAAGCCUUAGCCAGGUCGAUGAAUACGGCUGCACAGUAAUGUCUCUUAUCGAUGGCUGUUAUGAUAUGUUUCGGACCUUGAGCGUGGCUGAGGUGCACACAUGACCAGCUCUGAAACCAGAUUGCAUAGCGGAGAAGGUUGAGUGGGAUUGGAAAUGGUCGGUAAUCUGUUUGUUAACUUGGCUUUCGAAGACCUUAGAAAGGCAGGGUAGAAUAGAUAUAGGUCUGUAGCAGUUUGGGUCUAGAGUGUCUCCUCCUUUGAAGAGGGGGAUGACCGCGGCAGCUUUCCAAUCUUUGGGGAUCUUAGAUGAUACGAAAGAGAGGUUGAACAGGCUAGUAAUAGGGGUUGCAACAAUUUCGGCAGAUCAUUUUAGAAAGAGAGGGAGAGGUUGUCUAGCCCAGCUGAUUUGUAGGGGUCCAGAUUUUGCAGCUCUUUCAGAACAUCAGCUAUCUGGAUUUGGGUGAAGGAGAAAUGGGGGAGGUUCGGGUGAGUUGCUUUCGGGAGCGCAGGGCUGUUGACCGGGUUAGGGGUAGCCAGGUGGAAAGCAUGGCCAGCCGUAGGAAAAUGCUUAUUGAAAUUCUCAAUUAUAGUGGAUUUAUCGGUGGUAACAGUGUUUCCUAGCCUCAGUGCAGUGGGCAGCUGGGAGGAGGUGCUCUUAUUCUCCAUGGACUUUACAGUGUCCCAGAACUUUUUUGAGUUUGUGCUACAGGAUGCAAAUUUCUGCUUGAAAAAGCUAGCCUUAGCUUUCCUAACUGCCUGUGUAUAUUUGUUCCUAACUUCCCUGAAAAGUUGCAUAUCAUGGGGGCUAUUCGAUGCUAAUGCAGAAUGCCACAGGAUGUUUUUGUGCUGGUCAAGGGCAGUCAUGUCUCGAGAGAACCAAGGGCUGUAUAUGUUCUGGUUCAACAUUUUUUGAAUGGGGCAUGCUUAUUUAAGAUGGUGAGGAAGGCACUUUUAAAGAAUAACCAUGCAUCCUCUGACGGGAAGAGGUCUAUAUCCUUCCAGGAUACCCGAGCCAGGUCGAUUAGAAAGGCCUGCUCGCAGAAGUGUUUUAGGGGGCGUUUGACCGCAGACCCAUUACGGAUGCAGGCAAUGAGGCAGUGAUCGCUGAGAUCUUGGUUGAAAACAGCAGAGGUGUAUUUGGAGGGCAAGUUGGUUAGGAUGAUAUCUAUGAGGGUGCCCGUGUUUACGGAUUUGGGGUUGUACCUGGUGGGUUCAUUGAUCAUUUGUGUGAGAUUGAGGGCAUCAAUCUUAGAUUGUAGGAUGGCCCGGGUGUUAAGCAUGUCACAGUUUAGGUCUAGCAGCACGAGCUCUGAAGAUAGAUGGGGGGGCAAUCAAUUCACAUAUGGUGUCCAGGGCACAGCUGGGGGCAGAAGGUGGUCUAUAGCAAGCGGCAACAGUGAGAGACUUGUUUCUGGAAAGACGGAUUUUUAAAAGUAGAAGUUUGAAUUGUUUGGGUACAGACCUGGAUAGUAAGACAGAACUCUGCAGGCUAUCUCUGUAGUAGAUUGCAACUCCGCCCCCUUUGGCAGUUCUAUCUUGUCGGAAAAUGUUAUAGUUAGGGAUGGAAAUUUCAGGGUUUUUGGUGGACUUCCUAAGCCAGGAUUCAGACACGGCUAGGACAUCCGGUUUGGCAGAGUGUGCUAAAGCAGUGAAUAAAACAGAGUGAGGAGGCUUCUAAUGUUAACAUGCAUGAAACAUGCAUCUAAAGGGGGAAGCUGGUCCUUGGUCAAUACUCCUAUUCUGAGAUGCUUUUAGGAUAUGGGUCCUGAUCAACAUCAGAGGUUUAAUAACUUCUUUAUUUCAGUUUUGAAAAAAAUUGAAAUGAAUACCGAGACAAUAAAUCAAUUUCAAUGUAAUCAUUGGAAAUAUCUUUAUUGAUACAGAUUAAAGUUGAGAAAAUCAUGAUAAUAAUUUAACAAAAAUAAAGUAAUUCAUAUUUUACUCAAUUGCUAUAUGCAGUCAACAUCAAUCACAUUAUCAUAGAGGUGAUUAUCAUGUCAUGUAGAAUAUGUUGUGACUCUAUUGGCACAUGUCUAUGUUGCAUUUGAAUAAAUGCAGUGUGGGAAAAGUGCUAAGUUAGCACAUUGAUACCUUACUGCACAGUAUUUGAACUUAUCCAAGUGUGCUCAAGACAUCUUUUGGGGUUAUUUUGAAUGAUGACUCUACACAUUUUUGUGGGUUGGCUUUGGUUGUGUUUCAGAUUAUUU